AGGCCCGACCACGGCAAGUCGUAGAGGUUUCUUCGUUUCUUCAUGCUUGUGAGGGCGAUGCUGUGACGAAAUUGACGAAUGAGAAGAUACCGUACUUCAAUGCUCCGAUUUAUUUGCAGAACAAGACUCAGAUUGGGAAAGUCGAUGAGAUCUUUGGACCCAUUAAUGAAUCGUUAUUCUCAAUCAAAAUGAUGGAAGGUAUCAUUGCAGCCUCGUACACUGCAGGGGAUAAAUUUUAUAUUGACCCUGCGAAGCUUCUGCCUCUUGCCAGAUUUCUCCCACAGCCAAAGGGGCAAGCUCAGGCUGGCGGUAGAGGUGGAGGACGUGGUGGAAGAGGCGGCGGUCGUGGCGGCGGUCGCGGUGGAGGAUUCCGUGGAAGAGGAGCUCCACGGGGUGGCAGAGGACCCCCGAGAGGUGGUCGUGGUGGUGGACGUGGUGGCGGUUUUAGAGGCCGAGGAAGAUUUUAGUGCACCUUUUUUUUUUCAAUCCUCCAAGUGAUGUUAUCUAGGCAAGACUGUUAUCAAGUUGUUUGUUUUCUGGAGCCAGUUUAAGCGAUUUUGUUAUCUAUCUUGGCAUUGAUAUGUUCUCUCCAAGCAUUGCUCUGGUGACAUGGUAUUUCGUUUAUUAACGCUCUAUUAUUGGUGCAAA